AAUAAUAAAAACAAUUCAAUCUUCAAAAAAAUUAAUUACCUCCAUCUUCGGUUCUUCUACCUACACCACCGUAAUGGCCACCUCAAUUCGCCUCCGUCGUCUCGGCGCUAUCGCCGCCGUUGCCGGAGGAGCAUACACAAUUGUACGGCAGCCUUCAUUCUCCUCAAACGAUCGCGGGGACAAGUUAAGCGCACUCGAGACUUUUCGCCGGAAAAUUUCUGAUCCUUUCGCCGUCGUACCACCACGGAAUACUCAGGAAGCGGCUUUGAUCGGUUCUAGUUUGGCUAAUCCUCUUGAUAUACUUGUUGUUGGAGGCGGUGCUACCGGUUGCGGUGUUGCACUUGAUGCUGCGACGCGAGGACUCCGGGUUGGAUUGGUUGAGCGAGAGGAUUUUGCAUCUGGUACUUCUUCAAGGUCUACUAAGCUAAUUCAUGGAGGAGUUCGCUAUUUGGAGAAAGCAGUUUUCAACUUGGAUUACGGGCAGUUAAAGCUAGUUUUCCAUGCCCUUGAGGAGCGUAAACAGCUCAUUGAAAAUGCUCCACACCUUUGUCAUGCUUUACCGUGCAUGACUCCGUGCUUUGAUUGGUUUGACGCUAUCUACUACUGGGCUGGCCUGAAAAUGUAUGAUUUGGUUGCAGGUCGACACCUACUGCAUUUGUCUAGGUAUUAUUCUGCACAAGAGUCUGUUGAAUUGUUUCCUACCCUCGCACGAAAUGGUAAAGAUAAAACUCUGAAGGGAACUGUGGUAUAUUACGAUGGACAAAUGAAUGACUCACGCGUCAAUGUUGCAUUAGCAUGCUCUGCUGCUUUGGCUGGUGCAGCUGUGCUUAACCAUGCAGAAGUGGUAUCCCUUCUCAAAGAUGAGGGUGAUGGUAGAAUAAUUGGUGCACGUAUUCGGAAUAAUUUAUCAGGGAAGGAGUUUGAUGCAUAUGCAAAAGUUGUUGUUAACGCUGCCGGGCCUUUUUGUGAUUCUGUACGGACGUUAGCUGAUAAAGAUGCAAAACCCAUGAUUUGUCCCAGUAGUGGUGUACAUAUUAUACUUCCUGAUUAUUAUUCUCCAGACGGGAUGGGCUUGAUUGUCCCUAAAACUAAGGAUGGUCGAGUGGUCUUUAUGCUUCCAUGGUUGGGCAGAACAGUAGCUGGUACCACUGAUUCAAACACCAGCAUAACGAUGCUGCCAGAACCUCAUGAGAAUGAGAUCGAAUUCAUUUUGGAUGCCAUCUCUGAUUAUCUUAAUGUUAAGGUACGACGUACUGAUGUUCUAUCUGCUUGGAGUGGUAUCCGCCCUCUAGCAAUUGACCCCAAGGCAAGUAGUACGGCGAGCAUCUCCAGAGAUCAUGUUGUCACUGAAGAACAUCCUGGUUUGGUUACAAUUACUGGUGGAAAAUGGACUACGUAUAGAAGCAUGGCAGAAGAUGCGGUUGAUGCGGCUAUAAAAUCUGGAAAAUUGAACCCAGCAAAUAAAUGCUUGACAUACAACCUACAACUCGUAGGUGCAGAUGGAUGGGAUCUUGCAUCUUUUACGGUACUUUCUCAACAAUAUGUCCGCAUGAAAAGGUCUCAUGCAGGGAAGGUUGUUCCAGGAGCGAUGGACACAGCUGCCGCUAAACAUCUAUCUCAUGCAUAUGGUGCGAUGGCUGAACGAGUGGCUGCUAUUGCUCAGAAUGAAAAUCUGGGAAAACGACUGGCUCAUGGAUACCCUUUCUUGGAAGCUGAGGUUGCAUACUGUGCUCGGGAAGAAUACUGUGAAUCCGCUGUAGAUUUUGUAGCUAGAAGAUGUCGUCUUGCCUUCCUCGAUACUGAUGCUGCACAACGUGCACUGCCACGAAUAAUAGAGAUACUGGCUGAAGAGCACAAAUGGGACAAGUCAAGGCAGAAACAAGAACUGCACAAGGGAAAACAAUUCUUAGAAACUUUCAAGUCAUCAAAAAAUGCAGAAUUCCAUGAUGGGAAGCAUUAGUAAGUUAUUCAAUCCGAUACGAAACAUGUUCUUCUUCUAUAGUCAGAUCUCCCGUUUCCCACAUUUACUCACUCAUUGUUCUAGGUUCGAUAAAGCUCUGUAUAUCAAUCUUCAAGGCGCGGAGUUCUGCUUUUACAUUCUUCCACGUUACUCUUAUUACCUACGAGUGACGAAAAUACCACACAUACCUUUUUCAUGUAUGCAUUUCAUAUGGAUUAAAGCUCUGUAGAAUUGACUUAUUUUGUCAAAGUUUCUUAGCAACAGUUCAAUUUUUUCAUAUCAAUGAUCAUAUCUCUUGAUCAUCCUAUAGUGUUAUUGGAUUAUGUCUAGGGCAUGAAAUUUAGACCCUCUGAUGUAAUAAUUAUUACUUUAAUUAAGUAUAGAUUAAUGUUAUUUCUCGACUAGUUCAGGAUUGA